AGAAUAAGAAUAAGAAUAAGAAUCCUUUCAAUUUCAAUAGGGCCUCCCACCGUCGGUGCUCGGGCCCUAAUAAACCAACCCUUUCCACGUGGUCUGAUUUAUCACGCUGAGAUUUCGCACUCACUUGACUGUUCACCUGCAUUAUUGGGUAAUAACAAGAUAAGAAGCGCUGUGACUCAUUCCAGCCAGAGAGGGCGGUAGAGCUGAUGACUGUCAGCUAUUUAUCUCACAGGCGUGGAAAUCUUCUGAAAUACACGACGAGGCUUUAUCCCUCAGGCGUGCGGGUGCACAUUAGCUCUCACCGUGACAUUAGUUAACUCCUUACAGCUUAUUAUCGUGAAGGAGCGGCCUCAGUAGGCCGGUGACAGGCAGCAGCUCGUGUCCGGCGGUGGUGCAGCAGCGUGCGCUCCUUCCUGUGCGUGUUUACAGCGCCACAGCUCCGCUACUGCUCUGCUCGUGUUUACACACGAACCACACACACUCCGAAUCAUGGAGACUGAUCAAAGUCUGGCUCCAUUGACGGUUUAGAGUUUCAUUGACACUACUCACCUCGUAGUGCUUCAUCUUGGCAGCGCUCUGCAGCCCCUUCCUUAACUCCGCUGAGUGACAGGUCGACGUCCAAUCACAGGCGUAAUAUACGUCUGCUGAGGCCACGCCAGGUGGGUGACGCGCCCGUGCUGCAGCCAAUCACAACAGGAGGGAAGCAGACGAACACGCCCCCACUGUCGACGCCGUAGCCAAUGGGAUUGGAGGAAGAUGAUAAAUCACGGCUACGCUGACGUCAUAGGAUUUCUGUGCGCUUACUUCAGAUCCGACUGACAAACUGGAACUGCUCAUCUGUGGCCAGUUUCCACCUUUAACUGUAUAUCAUAAUAAUAAUAAUAAUAAUAGUUUUAUUCUGUAUCUCAGCUUCAUUUAUAGGCUACAUAUCAACAUUAUCUAAAUAAAAUAAAAAAUAAUGCACUGCUUUUCUUCUCAUGUCACUCUACUCAUACUAUUUGCACUAUUUCUAAGGGAAAAUAACUUUUUGCACAUUUGUGUCAUCUGCACAUCACAAUAUGUCCUUAAAUUUAUGUACAAAUGUUUUUUUCUACUCGCUCAUGCGAUCAUCCUGUGCCACUGCACUUUAUAACAUUUAUAUACAAACCACUACAGUGAAAGGUGUAAAUAAUGCACAUACACAUCAUUUUAUAUGUUUUAUUUUUAUUACACUGCCUUUAUUUUAAUAUUUUUUAUUCUCUUGUCUACCUCAUGCACCUGCUGCUUUAACAACUGAAUUUCCCCAGUGUGUGGAUCAAUUAAGUUUUCUUGUCUUAUCUUAUCUUAUCCUAUUUUUAUGCCACUCUUUUAAGCUGCUAUACAGGUCUUAAUCGUUGCUUUUCUCCCAUAAUUGAAGUUAUUAUUAUUAUUAAUAAUAUUAAUAGUCAUAAUAAUAUAGCACUUUUCAAAACACAUUUAAAAAGUGCUUUACAAUAGGAGGACAUAAACAUCCCAGAUAAAAUAAAAAGAGACUUUCUAGUAGAAGUAGAUUUUGAGUAACUUAUAUCAGUGCCUGCAUAUAUUAGAUUCAGGAUUUUAUUGUCAUAUGCACAACGAUAACAUUAAGCAGUCACUUGCAAUGAAAUGCUUGGGUCACAUUAAAAUAGUUAAUUAAUAAUAAGCUAUAAGAACAAAAUAAUGUAAAAAUAAUGACUCCACCUUUAAAUAGCUUAUUUUCUUUUUGUUGUUUCCUUGUAAUUGUCAUUCUACCCUAAUAAAGUUUGUCAAAGUACAGAUUCCAACAGCCACUGCCAGGCUUUGAAUUGCUUGCAUUAGUCAAGACAUAACCAACUUGUACUAAAUCUAAACAACACACUGUAAUUUCUUCUUUUUAUUUUCAAUAAAAAAAACUAAAAUGGUUAAGAAAAAGUUACAUGAUCCAACAUUUAAAAAAAACUUAAGAUUUGGCUUAAAGCAAACCAUACUUGUGAUCAUGUGUAAUUAUUCUUCAUGCUUUAUCUUAUGUGAUUUAGUUUACAUGCGUUUUUGUGGCUUUGUAUUGUAAUCAAGUGUCUUUUUGUAUUGUUUUAUUUUUAUAAGAAGCAUGGGUUUGUUGUUUAUUCAGUUUAAAUGGUAUAUAUAUAUAUAUUAUCCAUAGAUAUUUGUAAUUACAUGAGGUCGUUUUAUCAUGUAUCAGAUUGCCAUGUAUAAAACUCUUUUACAGUAAUUUUUCUUUUGAUCAAUGAAGACUAUGCCUAUCAAAUGAACAAACUAAAUAAAAACAAAUAAAAUAAAGGUAGCAUGAAUCCUAUACUAUACAAUCCUUUUUAAGUGCUUUAAAAGUACACUAUUUUGUUGCUGUAUUUUAAAAUUUAAACGGGGCGGAGCAGUGUUACAGCGUUACGUCUCACACUUUAAUUUGAUUGUGAAGUUUGGUGUUGUCUGACUGGUUAUAUAAAUUGGAUCAGUGCACACAGUAUAACCGAUCAACCCGGUAUUGUGUUCAAAUGCCAGCAGACAACCUGCUCCAUCGAUCAGAGCUCGCUGUUUCUUGCCCAUUAUUUCUACCCACCAGUCUCUCAUACAGACUUUGAAAACACAUCCAAAUGGCGUGCUCCAUUUAUACUUAAGUGUGUAUCCAAGUGAGGAUGAAGUGUGGCCAGAUUUUGGAUUAUUUAGUUUGACCUUGAUGUCCACAAAGUGCCACAUGGUUCUGCCUUAUAUGUCCAUGUUGUGCACCACACCAGCAGAGGGUAUGCUGGGGGGAUUUAGUGGCCUCAAAUCUGGGUCACACCCAAGUACAACACAAGCUGCUGCCAUCAGUCUGUCCACAGGUCCUCUGUGGUAUGGUGCAGGGUUUAGCCGGAUCUGUUUGCUUCUUUUCUUAUUAGGUAUUUUAGCACGAGACCAAUGUAGAUUUUGUCUUGAUUUAUUUGUUGUAUGUUGAAUUGUAACUUGCUGACUGUCAGGGAAGUCCAACGGUACAUUAUUUUUGCAAUGAAUGACGGUUUAAACAGAAAAGUCCCUGCAGUACAAUCAGCAAUAAAGUUUGACAUGCUUUCUUCCAGACGAGCCACGGCUGCAUGUUCUUGUUGUGGUGUGAGGGAUCGAUGUUAGACACGGUGAUGGGGUUAUUUCCGACAGGGCGUGAAGGCAGCGCCGGGUGCCGUGCCCCUGGGUGGGUCCCUGCUGAUCCAUUCCAGUUCACACAGUUCUGGGUGGUUAUGGAAAACUCUGGAAGUCUCGGCGGGCUUAUAAAGAAAGUGACCCGGGCACGGCGGGCAGAGACACCAGACACAUCUGAUCUCCGCCAGCAGGGUCCGUGAACGCUUCAUGUCGCAUUGACUAAAGCAGCGCGCUGGUCAGAAUGGGCAAAGACUACUACGACAUUUUGGGAAUCGGCAAAGGAGCGUCGGAGGAGGACGUGAAGAAAGCGUACCGCAAACAGGCUCUGAAGUAUCACCCCGACAAGAACAAGUCCCCGGGAGCCGAGGAGAAAUUCAAAGAAAUCGCCGAAGCCUACGACGUUUUGAGCGACCCGGACAAAAAGGACAUCUACGAUCGCUACGGGGAAGAAGGUCUGAAAGGCGGAGGCCCCUCAGCUGGUGGUGGUGGUGGUGGUCCUGGGACCUUCAGUUACACCUUCCAGGGCGACCCUCAUGCCAUAUUUGCAGAGUUCUUCGGUGGGCGUAACCCCUUUGAACAGUUCUUCGGCGCCCGCAAUGGGGGCAAGGAUGAAGGCAUGGACACUGAUGACCCUUUUGCCCGCUUUGGGAUGGGCGGCAGUGGAAUGGGCGGCAGUGGAAUGGGCGGCAGUGGAAUGGGUGGGUUCCCCCGCUCCUUCAGCUCUGGUAUGGGAGGAGUGGGUGGUCACAGUAGUGUUGUAAAGAAGCAGCAGGACCCCGCUGUGGUUCACGAUCUGCGGGUGACCUUGGAGGAGGUUCUGUCAGGUUGCACAAAGAAAAUGAAGAUCUCUCGUAAACGACUGAACCCCGACGGGCGAACGUUAAGGACAGAAGAUAAAAUCCUGGAGGUGCAGAUAAAAAAGGGGUGGAAAGAAGGCACCAAAAUCACGUUCCCUAAAGAGGGGGAUGAGACUCCCAGAAACAUUCCAGCUGACGUGGUCUUUGUGCUGAAGGACAAGCCCCAUCCUCUGUUCAAACGAGAUGGCUCUGACAUCGUUUACACAGCCAAGAUCUCCCUCAGAGAUGCCUUGUGUGGCUGCACAGUCAAUGCACCCACACUGGACAACAGAACGGUCACCGUGUCAACGACAGAUAUUGUGCAGCCGGGGAUGAAGCGGCGGGUGAGUGGCGAAGGGCUGCCUUAUCACAAACGGCCCGAUCGUCGAGGUGACCUGAUAGUGGAGUACGAGGUCAAGUUCCCAGAGAGGCUCAGUCAGAGCGCCCGGGACACCAUCGCUCAGGUCCUCCCACGAUCUUGAAGAAGACAAAAAAGACCUUCAGUACUCGGUCACACAAAGAUGCCAACUAUUUUUGUAUUAUUUUUAUGAAUCACGGAGGUUAAAUUUACACCAGAUGAUAAAGGGCAGACUCAUGAGGGAGAAGCCUCCUGUGUGUUCACUGUCCAGCAUAGUGUUAGUACCAUCAUGGGAAGAUGCAGCUGUACAGGAUAAAAUGUAAAUAUUACCAGUCAUUUUUGGUGUUUGGUUAAUGAAUAGAUUAUAUUUUGAUGAAAAAUAACUGUAUUAUAAUGUAUAACAUGUAUGCUUUUAUUAUGUGGGAACUCUUGGUAAUAAAUGUUCUCUCUGA